UGCUGUAUGCGCAGUACGGGGCGGACCGGUACAUAACCCGGAUGCAGAAGCCCAUGUGCAGUCCUGUCUUCAGCUCCACACGACUGUCCUCUCCUCCAGUCUUGUCGCUCCGUGCGGUGUCCUCGCAGCAUUUCCCAGCUCUUGCCUCGCAGAAAUGUUUCGUCUACCUACAGUCAUGAAGCAGGUGAGGCCUGUGUGUCGGGCGCUGGCCCCUCACCUCACACGAGCGUAUGCCAAGGAUGUGAAGUUUGGGGCCGACGCUCGCGCCCUCAUGCUGCAGGGGGUGGACCUGCUGGCUGAUGCUGUGGCCGUCACUAUGGGGCCGAAGGGUCGCACUGUCAUCAUCGAGCAGAGUUGGGGCAGUCCUAAGGUCACCAAGGAUGGCGUGACGGUGGCUAAAAGCAUCGAACUGAAGGAUAAGUACAAGAACAUCGGAGCCAAGUUGGUACAGGACGUGGCCAACAACACCAACGAGGAGGCCGGCGACGGCACAACCACGGCCACAGUGCUGGCUCGGGCCAUCGCCAAGGAGGGCUUCGACAACAUCAGCAAAGGUGCGAAUCCCGUGGAGAUCCGGCGUGGAGUCAUGAUGGCCGUAGAGACCAUCAUCAAUGAGCUGAAGAUGCUCUCUAAGCCUGUUACAACCCCAGAGGAGAUUGCACAGGUUGCUACGAUCUCAGCCAAUGGCGAUGUGGAAAUUGGUAACAUCAUAUCCAAUGCUAUGAAGAGAGUUGGCCGUAAGGGGGUCAUCACAGUAAAGGAUGGGAAGACGUUGCAGGAUGAGCUGGAGAUCAUUGAGGGCAUGAAGUUUGACCGUGGCUACAUCUCUCCUUACUUCAUCAACACUGCUAAAGGCCAGAAGUGUGAGUUCCAGGACGCCUACCUGCUGCUGAGCGAGAAGAAGAUCUCCGGCGUCCAGAGCAUUGUGCCAGCCCUGGAAAUCGCCAACCAGCAUCGCAAACCUCUGGUUAUCGUAGCUGAGGAUGUGGAUGGAGAAGCACUGAGCACUCUGGUUCUAAACAGGCUGAAGGUUGGGCUUCAGGUGGUUGCUGUCAAAGCUCCAGGUUUCGGGGACAACAGGAAGAACCAGCUGAAGGAUAUGGCCAUCGCCACCGGCGGCACGGUGUUUGGUGAUGAAGCUCUAGGUCUGGCUCUCGAGGACAUUCAAGCUCACGACUUCGGCAGAGUGGGUGAGGUACAGAUCACCAAGGAUGACACCCUGCUGCUGAAGGGUGGAGGCACCCCUGCUGACAUCGAGAAGCGGGCAGCGGAGAUUGUGGAGCAGCUGGAGAGCACCACCAGCGACUAUGAGAAAGAGAAGCUCAACGAGAGGCUGGCAAAGCUGUCUGACGGUGUGGCCGUUCUGAAGGUGGGAGGAACCAGUGAUGUUGAGGUGAAUGAGAAGAAGGACCGUGUGACUGAUGCUCUGAACGCCACCCGGGCUGCUGUAGAGGAAGGCAUCGUUCCUGGUGGAGGAUGUGCUCUGCUGCGCUGCAUCCCUGCCCUGGACAUGCUGAAAACUGCCAACAGUGACCAGAAGAUCGGUGUUGACAUCAUCAGGCGGUCGCUCCGUAUUCCUGCCAUGACUAUUGCCAAGAACGCUGGUGUGGAGGGGUCCCUGGUGGUGGAGAAGAUCCUGCAGGGAUCACCUGAAAUGGGCUAUGAUGCCAUGCAGGGAGAGUACGUCAACAUGGUGGAGAAGGGCAUCAUUGAUCCCACCAAGGUGGUACGGACAGCGCUGAUGGACGCUGCAGGAGUUGCAUCUCUACUUUCGACUGCUGAGGCUGUCGUCACCGAGAUGCCCAAGGAGGAAAAGGAGAUGCCAGGAGGCAUGGGCGGAAUGGGUGGUAUGGGAGGAAUGGGAGGCGGCAUGGGUUUCUGAGCCAGGCCUCCUGACCUUGGAACAGACUGAACCAUCAGAUUUGAGGUGGAGGAUGGACUCCUCUGCCAAAAUUGACCACGAUUCAUUUGGAGCUUCAAAUGGUUUGAUGGCUCAGUGGACUGAAAGCUAACAGCCCAUUUGGUGCACCAGAGCCCUCCUUAAUAUUCCACACUGGUACACAACUCAUCAUGUAACAUGCUCAGAGGGAAACGCUAGCAUGGGGUUCAUCAAAAGGAUAAUUUGGCUUUGUUUCAGCCUGGUGGCUUUAAUUUGACCCGUCUGUGUGGGGCAAGCUAUCUGCAGAACAACGAGGAGGUUUAGAUGGGUUCAACCAGUUCAGCAUUGGAAAAAGUUGCACUUCUCUCAUACAUUCUACUCUAUAGCAUGCCUCUGGCUUGUUUCCCUGAAUCUGGUUGUGUGUUGGUGUGUUAAGCUGUAUUCUAUCAGGCUGAAACAAACAAGAUUCAUUCUUUAGUGGACCACAGAGAGAGCAGGCCUUUAAUGGAUUGUCUGGAUUUUUGUUUUGUAGUAGUAUUCUGUUAAUUCUUAUGUUUGUGUUUUUGUAAUAUACAUGUCUGUCAUCAUUGAUCUGAAUUAAACCAGUUUUCUUACAGACAUUA